UAAAGAGUCAAUUCAAUCAUCGGCCCACCCAAUCUUUAUAGACGUUCUGUUCUUCUCUCCUUCCGCUUGGUCUUCGUCUUCUCCUUUCGUGCCGAAACAGUAGAAAUUUAGGGUCCGGCUAGCACCCAGAAAUUCGUGUUUUCCGACCCUAGAUUUCUUCUGCCUCCUUACUGUCUUCUGAUCUACCCUACAUCUCAGGCUGUAUUUUUCAAAUUCAUUUGAAUUUCGUUUUGUACCGUGGAUCUGAUUUCCGUAACCACUCGAUCGUUAUUACAGCAAUUGAACUCCAAAUCGGGAGCAUUGGGUGGCACUUAAUACUAACUGUCCAAAAUUUGGUUGAUAUCUAGCAUGGGAAGGGUUGACAAUGACAGGCUUUCACCUUCUUCGUCGCUACCUGUAACUACGUCAACAUCAAUAACCGACACGGUAAACGGAUCACAUGAUUUCAGGAUAACUGGAUAUUCUUUGUCGAAGGGGAUGGGAAUCGGGAAGUAUAUAGCUUCCGAUACGUUCAAGGUGGGCGGAUUCUCGUGGGCUAUCUAUUUCUAUCCUGACGGGAAGAGUGUGGAGGAUAAUGGUUCAUACGUGUCUCUAUUCAUUGCACUUGCGAGUGAGGGGGAGGAUGUAAGGGCGCUUUUUGAAUUGUCUCUUAUUGACCAGAGCGGCAAGGAGAGGCAUAAGGUUCACAGCCAUUUCGGUAGGGCUUUGGAUACCGGCCCUUACUCUCUCAAAUAUCGUGGAAGCAUGUGGGGUUAUAAAAGAUUUUUCAAAAGAAGUGCUCUUGAAUCAUCAGACUACCUGAAGGAUGAUUGCCUUCAGAUUCAUUGUUGUGUUGGGGUUGUCAGGUCUCACACGGAGGGACCCAAGACCUACUCUAUAUCAGUGCCACCCUCAGACAUUGGCUUGCACUUUGGGCAGCUUCUGGAAAGUGGAAAGGGCACCAAUGUGAGGUUUGAAGUUAAUGGAGAGACCUUUGAGGCCCACAAGUUGGUACUCGCUGCUCGCUCACCUGUGUUUAGAGCACAACUUUUUGGUCCAAUGAAGGAUCGGGAGACAAACAUUAAAGUUGAGGAUAUGGAGGCCCCUGUUUUUAAGGCUUUGUUGCAUUUUAUAUACUGGGAUGCGUUACCAGAUAUGGGAGAAAUUACGGGUUUGAACUCGAUGUGGGCUUCAACAUUGAUGACUCAACAUCUGCUUGCAGCUUCUGAUCGGUAUGGUCUAGACAGGCUUAGGGUGCUUUGUGAAGCUAAUUUAUGUGAGGGUGUUGCAAUCAAUACGGUUGCAACAACUUUAGCAUUAGCUGAACAACAUCAUUGUUUCCAGCUCAAGCGUGUUUGUCUCAAAUUCAUUGCGUUGCCUGAAAACCUUAGAGCUGUUAUGCAGACAGAUGGGUUUGAAUACUUGAAAGAAAGCUGUCCUAGGAUCUUGACAGAAAUGUUGGAGUAUGUAGCUAGGGUGGGUGAGCAUGUUGGUGGGGUCACGACCAAACUGUUAAAUGAAGGUGUCCAAGAUGGGAGUGAUGUCAAUGGUAGGCGUGUGAAGCAGAGAUUAUAGCGGACCAAUUGGAUUCAUCAGUCAAUACAUGCCGUGAAAUAGAGGUUAUUUUUUCCCUCUGGAUACCAGACACCUGAUUUGGAUCUGCAAUGGCCUUCCUCGCCGGUCACCCUAACUUGUUGGGUUACCAUAUCUUAGGACUCGCAUUGGUUGGUUUAGGCGUCAUCCAUGUAGAGCAUAUACGUAGUAUAUGUUUGUAUUAGAUGUGCUGGCUUUAAAAUUAUCGUAUGCACAUUGUAUAGAGCAUCAUUGACCAAACAAGUAUCAGAACUCGCUAAUACUCAUCCUUUUUGGGUUGCCAGUUGCCUCUGCUGAGUGUUUGAGUGAUAGGGCGCCAUCCAAAAAUAGAUGGCGCAUAUACAUAUAUACCGGCAACGAAAAUAGAUGGGGUGUUUGGAUCUGAUUUUUAAAAAUGCUUCUGCUUCUUCAGUGAUCAGAAGCAGAAGUUGGAAUGUUUGGGUGAAAGUCUAAUUUACUCCUAGAAUCAAUUUUUUAGAAAUUAGGGGAGACGAGCUUUUGAUAAUCGAUUCUGAUUCUGCUUUAAAAAGAAGUAGAAGAAUAAACAGUUCCAAACACCUCUUAUGAGGCUAUGACAAAGAAAUGUACUACGUCAUACCACGUAUUACGUAGUAUAUUAUUGUGAAAAUUGAAAGUUGCACAAUAUGAAUUGCUUUAUAAAAGGGAAAAUUGUCAAAUCAGGUCUUAACUAUAUCCAAAAGGUCAAUUAAACUCUUCUACUUUGAAUACACCCAAUUAGAUCUAGGGGUGGACUCGGGCUGGGCCAACUGGCUUGAAACCGGACCGGCCCGCUAUUGUGCGGGCCCGGACCGGCCCGGUGAACCGGUUGGUUGGCCGGUUCGGGCCCCUGGCCAGGUGGGAUGUCGGUUCGGGCUCGGGCCCUUCAAAAGGUGAACCGGCCCAGCCGAUUCGGGCCCGGGUUGGGCCAAUUUUUUUUUUUGAUUUUUUUUAAGUUUUUGGGUUGGGUUGAGUAUUUUGGGCCAUUUGAGGUGGUUACGGUUGGUUUGUGGGUGAGGGGGAGGGUUAACUAGGAAAAGCCAAAAAAAAAAAAAAAAUAGAACCGAGGCCCGGCCCGGACCCGGGGGUUACCUGGGCCGGUUCCGGGCCUCCCCUUCAUGAACCGAGGCCCGGCUGGGCCCAGGCCCGAACCGGACCCGAACCGGAACCGGUCCAUGAGUCCAUCCCUAAUUAGAUCCCUGAACUAUUAACAGGUAUACAACUGGUUUCCUAGUUAAUUGCAUACGUGGCAAGCAACAUCCAGUGACUUUCUUUUUGCUUUAUUUCUCUUUCUUUUUUUCUCUUUGAUUUUUCAUUGUCGUAAGCUCUGGUGACUUCCUCCUCCAUAUCCAAGGUCCCCAUACAAAUGAGGCUCUUUCUUGCCGGGAUCUCCGGCGAACUUUGGUGAUGUCGGCAAUUCCAGCGAAGCUCCUCUCUAUGCGAACAGGAAGAGAGUUAACUCUACUGCUCUAGCUUGGACUGUGGCGAUUCGUCCCUGUUGUUUUAGGCUCAAAUUGAGAAGCAAAAGUGAGAUCUGUCGACACAGGAAAAUUUGUUUUGGCCUUUGUUCCUCAAAACUCCUUGGCCACUUUAUCGUGAGACCUGGCAGCUUCUUCCUUCGUACCAAAAGUCCCAAGCCAAAAGUGGCUGUUCUUGUUGGGAUUUCCGGCGAACUCACGAUGGAAAGAAAUUAAGAAAGGGCGAAAGAAAAAAGAAAAACAAAGACAAAGAGAAAGAGGGGUGAUCAUUGGGAAGUCUUGGGAAGAUGGGGAGAUGGAGAACAAUGGGGAAGAAUCUAGGAAGCACGGAAACAUGAACUGGGGGGAGGUUUCCGUCCCGGAAACGUUUCGGAAACGUGAAACGCCGUGAAACGUUAUGGAAACGUCGGGAAACGUUUCUAAGAUGUUGGGCUGUUGGGUCAGGUUGGGAAAUGUUUCGGAAACAGCGCUGGGCUUGGGCCGACGCGUUUCUGCAAAGAAUUAAAAAAAACUUUAAUUGAACCUUACCUUUGUGGAAAUUUGUUACCAAAUUAGGUAAAAGUGUUGAUACAGGAGGGAUAUGGAGAUUCCAAUGUAAUUUCUGUAAUAGCAUAAAACAAGGAUCUUAUUUUAGAGUAAGAGCUCACUUGCUUAAAAUUUCAAAACAAGGAAUUGCUAUAUGCAAUAAGGUCCAACCUAAUGAUAUUCGUGAGAAGAAAAAGUUAGAAGAAGAAGUUUAGAAAAUUAAAAAAAAAAUCUGCACCUAAAGAUGUUCCUUUACCUUCAGCGGGAUCACAAACGGAUUGGAUAAGUAAUACUAGUUUACCUAAUAAAAGAAAAGCUAGUAUUAGUCCGU